AUGUCAUACUAUCAGACCGAGUACCAACGGUUCCUGGCUAACCCCAAGACCGCCAAAUUGGCUGGCGAUGUCUCUCUGAUCUACGUGCCCACCACCACCAAGUUCGAACAGCCAGACAAUGUGAUCACCCAUGUCGUGAAGCAGUCCCAGAUCGUCAAGACCAGAUCUCACACUCUCAUUAAUGCCAUUGAAGGCUCCAAUGCGCUAUGUCUGGACAUGGAGACCACGCUGGAGUUCAGAGAGGGAGGCGGGGCCUAUCUCCCCUCCCUGGACGAUAAUUUCCUGGCCGACCGCGUCGUCACUUUCCCCACGAUUCACAUCGUCCACUUCGACUCCGAACAGCAAAUCAAACAAAUCCGCAUUCACUGGGACCAGGCUUCCCUGCUGAGACAAGUCGAGGUGAUUGGCGCACGGGGUCGCGCCUGGCCUAUUCGCGAUGCAAAGGACCAGAUUCGUCUUCUCAAGACGUCCGUCGCGGCGUGCUCGACUGCCGCUGUCGCUGCCCCAACCCAGGAGACCAAACCCCGCACGCGAUCCUCAUCCCCGCAAAAGCGCUAUACCAAGGAUCCCUACAGCGCCGAGUCCUUGACUGAGCUUCUGUCGCCCAGCAAGGAAAUUGCGGAACUCGAGGCUCGUGCGGAGCCCCCCAAGCCUAAAUCCUCUGCUAAGAAAUACCACCAAGAUCCGUACGGAGCGGGAUCCUUGAAUGAGAUCCUGUCACCGAGUAAGAAGGCCCCGGCAGCGAUCGCGCCGUUUGCCCCUAGCUCUAGCCGCCCAGCCACGCGCAACUUCAGCGAUAUCUUCGUCAAGGAUGAUGAUGUCCCCGACUCGCCCUCCAGAUCGCAGCGCCGCGCACCCGGAAAGUCCGAGGAAGAGAAGUCUCGUCUGGGCCCUGUUGACGAAGACCGCCAUUUCUACAAGUCCAUCCCGGGCAAGUACGACCAUUUCGAGAUUGGCGGGGACAACACAGAACGUCAGGUGAAGGACGAAGCCAAGCACGCCAACACGUACCACCGCUCCAACUGGGGGUUCGAUGAUUUCACCACCCCUACCAAGGCCACCCGUGCGCCCCGCGGCGAGCAAAUCCGUCACUUCGACGUCAGCGAAGACGAAGGCGCCGAUGAGAUCAAAGUAGCCAAGCCCCGCCGCGAUGCAGAGCGCCACUUUGAAUUGACCGACGACGAAGAAGAGAACGAAGGACGCAUCAUCAGCUCAUUCGGUGGUCGUGGCCAACGUCUCUACGACAACCGUCUUUUCGACGACGAAGAAGGCCCCGAGUUGAGCGAGCGCGAGAAGAAGAACGAGCACCUAGCCGUCACUGGGAACACCAAGAACCGCAACAAGAACUUCGUGUCACAGUUCGAUAUUGUGGAUGAUUCGCCUGUGUCGAAGGAGAAUGCCGACCCUGUCGCCAAGCACGAGAAGGCUAAUAAGAUGAUGGAGUCUCAAUGGGAUAACUAUGAUGAAACUCCCCAGCCAAGACGCCAUGCUACUGCUACUGCCAUGCGUAACCCGCUUACGCACAACCAGCCCACCUGGCAGCUUGGUGAUGAGUAG